AUGGCUACAACGUCGCCGCUCGCGUGGCUGAACUUGGCGCUGUACGCGCUGCAGCUCGUUGCGAACCGACAGUGGGCGCGCGACAUUGGGCCCAUGUCGAGGCGGUACGAGACGCUCCUGACGCCGGCGCCCUACGCCUUCAGCGUCUGGGGCUUUAUCUACACGUGCGUCGCCGUGCCGGUCGUCGUCGACUGUUUCUGGCCGGCGGCUUCGGUCUAUGCGAACGCACCGAACGCCACUGUCCUGCGCGCGCUCUUUGCGCUCUCGUGCCUCAUGAACGGGUUGUGGCUCGUUCUGUUCACGAACGACGCAGUGAACGCAGCGACAGUGGCGCUGCUGGUGCUCUGGUUCGCGCUCUUUGUGCUCUACGCGCACGUUGUGACGGAGCGACGCGACGCCGGCGCUGACCUCUGGCGCUUCGUGCGCAACGAAUUGGGCCUCACGGUGUACUUCGCCUGGACGUGCGGUGCUACGCUCAUCAGCUUUGCCGUCACGGCGCAGGACGUCGCCGGGGGGUUCCUGUCGUUGACGUCGUACGUGACGCUCCUGUCGCUGCUGGUCGUGGCGGCGCUGUCGGCUGUGGUUUACGCCGGCGACGUGACGUUCGGCCUCGUGGCCGUGUGGACGCUGGUGGGACUGGCUGUCAAGCGCACGACGUUCGAGCCGCGCGUCGAGCUGAUUGCGACGAACGUUCGCGCUUGUGCUGCGCAGAGCGCUGCGCUCGUCACGGCGUUUAUCGUCAUCUCUCUCGUGCACAAGCUCCUGGCUCCUGCAAUGCAGAGCCAGUCGAUGCCUCCGUCAGGCGCUCCGCUCUACAGCGCCAAGCCGAUGCAGCACGUGGACUACGGCACAACGAACGCCUAA